AUGUGCUCGUUGGCGCUGUUUCCCCCGCUGCCCGACGGACAGGUCACAUUGUACGAGUCCAAUAACGAGCUGGUAGCCGGAACCUCCCUGGACUGCUGCCCGAAGCAGGAAUGACCCCCAAGCCUUCUCUUCCGGCGAGAUGCUCUGAAGUCUCACACACCUGAGAGCAGCAGCAAGGCCGCCUUCCUGGACCAUAAAGACACACUGUGGAUGAGGAGCGCUGCAGCCUGGCGAGAUGCUGGGCUCUCUGGGCUGUUUGAGGAGAUCGCAAACUCCAGCGAGGGAGAGGUCCCCAGGUGGCUGACUGUUGGCUCAGGCUGUGCUCUGGCUGUUCUGCGCUGGGCCUCAUCCUUCCAUGGGUCUCUGUUCCCCCACCUCACGUUGAGCAGCGAGGACAUGGUUGCUGAAUUCUCCCAGGUGCUGGACUGGUCAGACUGUGCGGUCCGGGGGUUCGCCUGGCACCCACACACCGAUAAGUUUGCAGUGGCUCUGCUCGACGACUCCAUCCGGAUCUACAACUCUAAGAGUGCUACCUGUCCCACUCUGAAGCACAGGUUGCAGCGCAGUGUAGCCGCUCUUCAGUGGAAGCCCCUGUGUGCUGCCGCCCUCGCUGUCGCCUGUCACAACUGCCUGCUGAUCUGGAGCGUGGAGCCCACCUCCCUCUCCACCAGGCCUUCCUCUGGCUGUGCCCAGGUGUUGUCCCACCCAGGCCACUCCCCGGUCACCUCCAUCUCCUGGGCCCCCAGCGGGUCUGUGCUCAUCUCCGCCUCCCCUGUCGACACGUCCAUGAUGGUGUGGGAUGUUGCCGCGGAGACCUGCGUUCCCCUGCUGCGUGUGGGCGGGGGCGGGGUUACCUUCCUGUCCUGGUCGCCAGACGGCAGCCGUGUUCUGGCUGCCACGCCCUCCGCCCUGUUCAGGGUCUGGGAGACGAGGAUGUGGACCUGUGAGAGAUGGCCGUGUUUGAAAGGCCGCUGUCAGACUGGCUGCUGGAGUCCGGACGGUCGGCACCUGCUGUUCUCUGUAAAGGGGGAGAUGCUGAUCUACGCCCUGACCUUCACUGACACGCCAGGCGAGCCCCUGGGCAGUUCGGGCGGGGCCACAGCAGCUGCCAUCGUGGCCGACCUAUCAGUGACGAGCUUCCAGACAGCGCAGGGAGAGGCCAGGGCUGGUGGAGAGGUGCAGUCCCUUGUCUGGGAUCCUCGAGGGGAGAGACUGGCAGUGCUUCUGAAAGGUGACGCAGACACGCCUGCACGCCCUGCAGUGAUCGCCGUGUUCAAGACUCGCUCCAGCCCUGUGUUUGAGCUCCUGCCCUGUGGUUUUGUUCAGGGCGAGGCGGGGGCGGAGCCCAGGUUGAUCCAGUUCCACCCCAGCUUCUCAAACGGAGCCCUGCUCACAGUGUGCUGGUCGAAUGGGCGCAUCUCCCACACGCCCUUCUACUUCCAGAGCGCGCUGGGGCCUCGCGUGGGGGGCAGCCCCCCCCUCCCUCUGGGCACCAUGGAGAACGGGGACCGGCCUCUCUUCUCUGACCUCUGCUCCUGACCCCCACCCCCCCCCCUUCUCUGACCUUUGACCUCUGCUCACAAACAGACUGACGGACAGACACACUGACCACACAAACAGAGUGACGGACAGACACACUGACCACAUAAACAGACUGACGGACAGACACACUGACCACACAAACAGACUGACGGACAGACUGACUCUUGUUUGAAAAUAAAGUCUCUUUUUGUGUAAAGUUCAUAAAUAAAAUGGUUCUUCUCUU